UGUGGUAAAGUGACUGCUGACUUUUUGCACUUUUGGUGUGAAGGAGGGUCCUCCUGGACGAGCAGGCUUUCCGGGUGACAGAGGAAGUAUGGGAAUUCCUGGGAGAAUGGGCUUUAAAGGACAAGCAGGGGAGAAGGGAGCACCGGGUGAGCCUGGUCUGUCAAUAAUUGGACCAAGAGGACCACCUGGACAACCUGGAACCAGAGGAUUUCCAGGCUUUCCAGGUCCAAUAGGGUUGGAUGGCAAGCCUGGACAGAUUGGACCGAAGGGAGACCAGGGUCAGCGUGGUGCCAAAGGACUCCCUGGGGAACCUGGACCCAAAGGGGAGAAGGGCAUAUGUGGAGACUAUACACACAGGAAGCGACGUAUUGUACAGCCCUGUGUUGGACAAUUGGCCACAAUGUUGCCCAUCACCGUGCGCAACAUGCCCUCAAUAAGCCCUCUAAUUCUAAAACGCCUCAAGGGCGAGCCUGGAGCACAGGGACCCCCAGGACCACCAGGACCACCCGGACUCCCAGGGACCCCAGGCCUGAAUGGAGCCAGUGGCCCUCCGGGUAAGCCCGGUGAACCAGGCAAACCAGGAAAAGACCCCAGGCUUUUACCAGGACUGAAGGGUGAGCCAGGUGUGCCAGGACAAAAGGGAGAUCGAGGUGAUAUUGGUCCAAUAGGUCCUGAAGGCUUAAAGGGAGUUAAGGGAGACCAAGGCAUUAAGGGAGAUGAAGGAAAGAGGGGUUUCCCUGGAGAGAGGGGAGAGAAGGGCCAGGCUGGCAUCCCUGGUACCCCUGGCAUCCCUGGAAAGAGGGGCUACAGGGGUGAGAAGGGAGAGCCAAGCAUUGCAGCUCAGGGAAUUAAAGGAGAACCAGGUUCACCAGGACUGCCAGGCCUAAUGGGACCCAAGGGUGACAUAGGUGACAAAGGAGACAAGGGGGAAGUAGGUCCUGAAGGCCCAGCUGGACCAAGAGGUCCUCCGGGUCCACCUGGGGAGCCAGGAAAGGCUGAAAUUCACAACAAUGAAAAUGAUAUUCGCAACUUACCCCUGAUGGGCCCCCCUGGAUUACCUGGACCUUCUGGGCCCCCUGGACUCCCUGGUGCCAAGGGUGAAGUUGGUCUACCUGGUCCUCCAGGAUUGGAUGGAGAGAAGGGACCCCGGGGAAAGCCUGGAGAGCCUGGUCCUCCAGGCCCAGCUGGUCCUGAAGGUCCCAGAGGGGAGGGUGGUGUUAUGGGUUUCCCAGGACCCAAAGGAGACAAGGGAGACAUGGGUCCAUCUGGAUCACCUGGUUUAGAUGGCCCUACGGGUGAAAAAGGGGCUACAGGGGCCCCUGGCCCUAUUGGAUUACCUGGCUCAAUGGGUCCUAAAGGUGAACCUGGAGUAGGAGGAAGGUCAGAAAUGAUAUAUGGCCCUCCAGGGCCCCCAGGACCUCCAGGACCAGUUGGCCCAGCAGGAGCUCAAGGAUUUCCAGGGUCUAAGGGAGAACCAGGCAUAGGCAUCAGAGGAGAAAAGGGAGCGACAGGUCAGAAGGGUGACAAAGGAGACAGAGGCCAUCUUGGACUCCCUGGUCUAAUAGGACCAUCAGGUGUACCAGGGCCAGCAGGACCAAAGGGAGAGAGAGGUGAAAAGGGAGAUGCAGGAUUACCAGGACCAAUUGGGCCUCAAGGCAUCCCUGGUUUAGUAGGACCACAAGGACUCAAAGGGAACCGGGGAGAGAGGGGCAAGAAAGGCAACAGGGGGGCCAAAGGGGAUAAGGGAGACCAAGGAGCACCUGGAUUAGAUGCCCCCUGUCCGUUGGGAGACGAUGGCUUACCUGUACCAGGAUGUUGGAAUAAAGGUCAACAUCCUUUCCAACUGGCUAAGAAGUAGGGCUACUAAAGACUGUCUUCAUGAUGCCACAGAAAGGAAACUUGAAGACAUUUUGAGGUAUCUUUGAGUUUUUACCCAAACCUGGAGUUGGCAUUUCAACGUUUUUCCAGGAGGCUGAACACAGGGCCAGUAACGUCGGAGGCUCUGGUUGUAGUGGGAGAGCAAAUUAACUUGGGUAAGACUGGAAAGUGGAGACGGUGCACCAUCGUUGGUUUAGUUAUUGAGGCUCUCUGGACAGGACAACCAUCACAGCCACAGGGACACAACUGUAUAUACUGAUGUGUUUCUUUGACUGCAUACAGUUUGAUCUAUUUAUCUUGUAGUGAAAGUGAGGCAUGGACAGUUUAGCACAUGCUAUUUGUUGGGUUUGAUGUAACAUCAAUACUUUAACUGUGAUACAGAAAUCAGAGCAGCUCACAGAGCAGGUAGAUGCCAUGUGUUUCCAAGAAAAACAAAAAAACAAAGGGAUACCCUCUUGAUGAUUCCUUCUUGAUAUUUUCUAAUUCACUGCCUUUUCAACAAUCCUUUUACAAGCAGCUAUGACAUUUUGUUAGAAUCAUUGUGCCAUAGAGGAAAUACUCUAAAACCAGCAUCUAACAUCAUGCCUGGUCACAUAUAUGAUAGUCUUUGCUUUUUCUAUUGAGGUGUUAACGGACACCAUGAUCCAAUGCUGUACUGUAAGUAUUGUAACAUAUAAGACAAAGGAUUGUAUAGAAGUACUCAGUCUUUGUAAAUAGAUUCAUUGAUGAAACAUGAUUUUACGUACAGAAUAAGCAUAAAGAUUCUCAGAGGGCAGUGUCCACGUGCUGAUUAGGUACAGAUGACUGACACUUGUAAGAGAGAAAAAACCCAUGAUUUAUCUAUCUGCAUGCAACACAUAUCCAGUCUCUAUCACAUGCAGAAAAAUAUAUUGCAUGCAAUAUAGUUGUUUUGUUUUUUUACUCAAAUAAUGUUAAAUUUGUCAAGUUUGUUUUUCAAAUGAUUUUAUUGUUUUGUAACUGUGAAUAUAAUUAGUUAAAAACAAAAACGUCACAGUCAGAAUAUGUUAACAGCUGUUACUGUACACGCAAAUGAUCUAAAAAAAUGCCCUCUGUCCGUGUGUCACACUUUCCUGUUUCAUUGAAAAUCAAAUGUACAGAAGCAUUCCUUAUGUCAUACUGACAGCUGCCUUGUACACAGACCUGGGUCAAAAUGGUGUUUCAUUUUUAUUUAUUUUUUUGUUGUUGUUUUUCCAUUUUUUGAGUUCAGUAGUUUUAAGUUAUGAGAGAAAUGUAAUGCCUUUUCACUGUUUGAAUAGGUGCAAGUGCACUGAGUGGGAUGCACCUAUUGUUCAUUUUUAAAUUUUUAAGUAAUUAUAGCUUUAUUAUUGUAAUUAUUAGAUCAAUUUUAUUUUUAAAAACAAACCUUUCAGCAACAAAAGCACAGUGAGCUCAAAGCACUGAAACUUCAGAAACAACAAGCAAAAACACAAACCACAAGCAAGACAGAACAUUUUCAUUAUUUUGUCUGCUAGCUUGUGUUUUGUCGAUUCGAUUAUCUAUUGUGUUUUGUUGAUUGAGUUGGAUUGUCUUUGUAUUUUGUCUGUUUACUUGACUGAUUUAGAGUGCUCUGAGCUCUCUUGGCCACCAUACAAAGUAAUUAGAACCAUGAUUCACAAUUAACAACAUCUGACCUGAUGAAAACGUUAAAGUAGAAUUUGUUCAUUUAUUGUGUUGUUUGAAGUUAGAAUCUCAAUAGCAAUUCUUUUGUCAGGCAAUGUGACUUUUACCAGAUAGUUUAUUUCAAAGAUACACUCCCUGACUUUUUACAGAAUUCAGCUGCCUUCUCCGUUCCACACUCAUCCCGUUAUCUUUAAAACUUCAAGAGAAUGGAGAGGAAGGUUUGGGUUGUUGUUGGGUGCUGUAACAAAAUAAGGGACUGAAUCUUUAACAUUUUAUAUCUGAAAGUUUCUUUGUAGUAUCUGUUUUAACCUGCACAUUUCUAUUUUGCACAAAUAUGAAACUAACACAGUUUUGUUUAUAUAAACUAAGCAAGUUGUAACUAUGUUUUAUUUACUUGGUUUGCCAUGUCCUAUAGCCAUAUAUAGCCAAUAGAGUUGUAACAGUGUGCUCUUUAUACACUGCAAACUACAUUUUUGUGCAUGAAUUCAGGUUACAGAAUACACAUUUUAUGUGAGUAUAUAAGAAUACACUGUAAGUUUUGAUCUAUGUUAGGUUGGGAACCAGAAAAUGUGUUGUUAGCAGCGCUUAAUCCAAACAAAGGCAUUAUUUGACUCAUUUUACAUGUGUGUACACAUGUUCUUGUACGUUUUGUAUCAGAGCUGUACAACAUGUAGUUGGUGUGAUGUGUUAAUGCCAGUCUGGACCCUUUGUAUUUGUUACUUCACUUGAUGAGUUCUUCAGGUAGGUCAUAAUGCACUCAGAUAUAAAAAUCCAGCUUUUUUUUUUUUUUUGUUUCAAUUGGUGAUUUUAGUUUGACAGUACUGACGUAUCCAUUUCCCUCACAUCAUUUUCAGUCACAACAGUGGUUGCUAGGAGACUUAUUGUUUUUCAGCUUGUAUGUGAUUGCUUAGAUUUGAAAGUUUAGCUCAGCCUACUUCCUCAGUCUUUUUUUGUAUGUUGCUCCCUGCAACUGCUGUUCCAGCUAACAGCAGCCUUGGUUUAAGCCUCUUACAUAGAGCUGCUGUUAAUGUAAGCAUGAGAUAGUUUGAAAGAUGGAUUUAGUGGCAGAAAGAACAACACAUGAGCCUGUCGAUUACUGCGCUAUAUUCGGAGCUGAAUGAAAUAUUCGGGUCUGAUGGAUGGUAAUGGUAGCUAUGAUGAACAGCAUCUAUACAGCUAUGCACUGACACUCCCCCAGAGACACACACAUAGCAGUGUCUGGCAGUAUAGCUGCAAGCCAUCUCAUAGAACAAUACUUUAGUAGUAGAUGUGAUUUAUUAAAUCAAUGUACUAUGUUCAAACAGGUCCUCAAAAAGUAGACUAAAAAUAACAAAUGUGAAGUGUUAAUUACUAUUGAAGUGCCAUAUCAGGAAUCAGACAAAUGACAAAUAUUUGCUGUGAAGCACUCUGUUUAAUCUCUUCACACAAAACAAAACAAACAAUCUUCAGAAGCAUUGUCUGGCAUGGCUGCUGGCCUGCAGUACAGCUGUGCCGCUGGAAUCUAGGGUUACUUAAUUGGCUGAAACUGAAUUGAUUUGGCUUGGGUGUAGUCUGCAUUGUGUGUGUGUGUGUGUGUGUGUGUGUGUGUGUGUGUGGGAGCAAUUGCCAGUUUGUGAGAUUAGCUUAAUAUAGAAAGUAUGCAUAACUAAAUGUAUCAGUCAACGUAGUGAGAGGUGUAUACCCCAAUUUAAGAGAGUAAAAGUACAUGUAUUACUUUCUACACUGGAACAGCUUAGCGUGCAUUAUUGUGCUUAUAUCACUGUAAGGACAUUGUGCAACUCAUCUUCAGCGUGUAGUCAGUUCGUUUGCUCAGGUAGUUACAGUUAGUCAGUCUCACUAACUAAACAAAUGCAUCACUAACAAAACCAUUGUUUUCCUAUGGUAUGUUGUACCUGGCUCGUGCUCCUCUCUUGCAUCACGUCAGUUUUUCUGGCGUUUUUUAGACACCCAUAAAUGUUAGAAAUAAUCUCAACUUUUCAGCGCAAGGCGUGGUUGCACUGCUCAUCAGUGUCACACUUGGCCCAGGCAGCCAAUCAAAUCAAGCAAGAGCCCGGCUUUACUAACUCACCUCACACCAUCUCUUCUUCCUGUUUUGAUGUCAGUAAUUGUAGUAAGCACAUCAGGAUGAUGACAAAUACAGAGUGGUAUUUCAAUACAUUGAACUUUAUAAUUCAGGGUCAUCCCAGUAUUAGGUGUUUAUUGGUGAACGCAUGCACACAGUAACAUGAGCAGCCGGGCAAAUUUCUCCGCUGAUAAUGCUGUUUACUAUGCUAGUAAAUAGGCUAGCUAGCUAGUUAGCUAGUUGUGAGAGAGAAGGGGGAAUGUAUAUGUCAUGUUGUGAUAGUUUUGUGUAAGAGAGAGAGAGAGAGAGAGCACUGCUUGAAUCUAUUUUUUUUCCACAUUUCAUGAUCAGGUUGCAUAUGCAGCCCUACUCCAUAGGCGCACCAUGCUGCUUUGCCUAAUACGUUUUGCCAAGGGGUUUUUGAAGUAGCUGUGCCUGUAGCCACAUCUCCAUGUGGCCUAAUCAGGGCCUGACACUGCAGUUCCACUGCAUGGCUCAGCUCUGCUCAAGCCAACUCACUUUUGGUACCAAGUCCUCUCUUCUGUUUUGUUUAUUAUUGUGUAUAUGUGAGUUUUUAGUUUUUGGGCUGCCUUUAAAAAAUCUGUGUCAAUUGAACAACAAAAAAAAUUGCUGUUGCUUGGCUAUUUAAGGGGCCGUGCACAUGCUGUGUUUUUUGCGCCACCUAAUUAAUUGUUUUCAAUGUAGAUGCACAGCAGAUGCACUCAAACGCCAGAGCAAUGGCAUCCUGGGCGCACGGUUUCCCAAGUGCCUAUUUUUCAGGGCGUAGCGGCUGCGCCCUGCAAUAAACAGAGUUCAACUUUUGUAACACAGCAGCAUGCGCUGCAUGUCAUCUAACAAGGAACAACCAAUCACAGUUGGCAUCUUUCCCUUUUCUGUAACUAUCUGUCUGUAGUAAAUAUGGAGAAGAUGUUGAUCAUUUUAGUGCAGGGCUGCCAGAGCUUUACAUCUGUCCCACAGACAGUAGGCCUACACACAAACAGCACCUGGAAGAGGAUCAGCUCUGCACUCUGAUUUCAGGUAAAUAGGCUAUGAUAUGGUGCUUGUUAAGGUUGCUUAGCAACCUCAGAUACAACCUGCCGCCUUGCUCUUGAAAGUUGGCACAGAGUAGGCACAAGAGUAGCACCCAGCACCCGACCUUGCAUUUUCCAGGCAGUUACAGAUGCAGCAUCUGUACAGCCGCUAAAAAUGGUGGGGUUUUGCAGGAUGUGCCCUGUUGCACUUUCUAACCAGUCAGUGGUCUGCGUUCAGCUGCUCAGCUUGUUUGGAUCGUUGACCGAGGUGGUACCAACAAAUCACCAGGUACCAGGUACUAUCUACAACUUUUGCUACUGGAAAAAAAAUAAUAAAGAGUUGAGGUGGAGUUGAGUAGAACCAUGCCGCACUAUCCAGUGGAAAUGCAGCAUUUGUUUCACCAGCUGUAAUUCAUGUGUCUGACUGGCUUUGUCGUCAUGACAGUGGCGGCCAAAGCUCAUGGGUAUUGUAGCAGUUAGAGCCAAUAACACAAAAAGCCUUGCAAUCUUUGGCAUGGACUAUGCGCUAAAGCCUUACAGGGCUCUUCAAGUGAAGUUUUUACCACAUUCAGUUUUGCAUUUACAGCAGCAGUGUUUUCUUCUGGUCUCACUGUUUUUUUAAUUUAAAUCUGGAAUUAAGUAGAAAAUGAAUUCUUCAUUAAGACAGUUAACCUGCUUUAUGUUGAUCAAAGUAUAAAUCUUGAUGUAUAAUUUGUUUAAUUUUGAAUACCUGUCAGACUCAAAUAAUAUCUCUGAAUGAGUAGGAGGGCAUUAUACAGAAUUUGCAUGCUAAUAUAUUUUCAUCAUUCUUUCCUAUAUCAGUGAUUGAACAUUAUUCAUACUGUACUUUUGAUGUUUUCUUUUCACACAUUCAAAAGAAAUCUGCCAAUUGAGUGACCUUUGUGCAGGUUUCUGUGCUACCACAACAUUGAAGUGAGGUAUUCACUGCAAUCUACAUGCUGAGUUGUUAUUAGUUUAGUGCAGUGUCAGAACUGAAUGUUUCAUGGUAAUGGCAAUGUUUUUGUUUUCCAGAAUAAUUUGUUUUUACUUUUUAUAAUCCAAAGAAUGGCAGCUGUCUUAACGGAUUGCCAAACAGAUAUAUGCACAAGUCAACUUUGUGAGCAACUUGUCACUGACUCAGAAUAAAGAAACUUUUUCAGUGGAAUUAGCUUUUUGUGGGUUUGUGA